CUUGCCCCUCAGGCCCAGGAGAAUUAUGAGAAUGCCAUCUCCCAAGGCCAGCAAGCCUUCCUUCUGGAGCAGGAUAGCAGCUCUGGUGACAUCUUCAGCUGCAGUAUAGGAAAUUUGCCCCCUGGCCAGAAGGCUGCUGUCACUCUGAGCUAUGUUCAGGAGCUGUCCCUGGAGGCAGAUGGGGCUGUUCGCUUUGUCCUGCCAGCCAUCUUGAAUCCACGCUAUGUCCUGCAAGAGUCAGCUGAGGCAGAAAACAUCACCUCUCAAGUCCCUCGGGUUCCUGGCAAGGAGCUGCCCUACACGUUUAGUGUCAGUGCCAAUGUCUACUCUCCCCGUGGCAUUGAGAAGGUCCAGUCCAACUGUCCUCUGAGUCCCCUGCAGUACUUGGAAGAUGACAAGAAGGUUGCCCAGGUUUCCUUGGCUGAAGGGCAUCAGUUUGAUCGGGAUGUUGAGAUCCUGGUUUACUACAGGGAGGUGAACACACCCAGUGUCUCUGUGGAGCUGGCCCAGGCUGAUGCCAAGCCAGGUUCCCUGAUGGGAGAUCCAGCUGUGAUGGUGAGUUUCUACCCUAGCAUCCCUGAGUGUCAGGGAGAGAACACUGGUGAAUUUAUCUUCCUCAUGGACCGCUCAGGGAGCAUGUCCUCCCAGAUAAAUAGCAAAGAAGGUGCCCAGAAGCGCAUAGAGAGUGCCAAGGAAACUUUGGUCCUGCUGCUGAAGAGUUUGCCCCUUGGCUGUUUUUUCAAUAUCUAUGGAUUUGGAUCCUCCUUUGAAUCCUUCUUUCCAGAGAGUGUGGAGUACACACAGCAGUCCAUGGAGGCGGCUGUGCAGCGAGUAAAGGCUCUAGAAGCUGACCUGGGAGGGACUGAAAUCUUAGAGCCACUGAAGGACAUUUAUAGCAAAUCCUGCAGGCCAGACCACCCUCGGCAGCUCUUCGUCUUCACAGAUGGAGAAGUUGAUGAUACAAGGAGGGUCAUUGCUGAAGUUCAAUGCCACAAUCAGAAUCACAGGUGUUUCUCUUUUGGAAUUGGAGAAGGGGCUUCCACCAGCCUUAUUAAAGGCAUUGCUCGGGCAGCUGGAGGCACUGCAGAAUUCAUCACAGGCAGUGACAGAAUGCAGCCCAAGGCCCUCCGGUCCCUCAAGCGGGCCCUGCAGCCAGUGGUGCAGGCUGUCUCCCUGACCUGGACUCUGCCCCCUGGGCUGGAGACUACCUUGUUCUCUCCUCCUCCUACUGUCAUCUUUAGGGGUCAGAGGUUAAUCGUCUAUGCCCAGUUGAAAGGGACAAAUGCAUCCAAAGAGGCAGCAGGUGAGGUAUGUCUUCAAUACCAGCUCCAAGGUGAAGGUUUCAGGAGCACAGUGCCAUUCUCCCUGAAUGCCAAAGCAGAUGACAAACUUACUAUUCAUCGCCUGGCUGCCAAGUCCUUGAUCCAGAACCUUGAUGGGAACUUACAGGAUGCUGCAGAAGUGAAGAACAAAGUGGUGGAUGUUAGCCUUCAGUCAGGAGUUGUCUCCUCUCACACUGCCUACAUUGCUAUCAAUAAGGAGCUCAAUCAGCCCAUUCAGGGGCCCCUAA